AUGCAUCUACGCGUGUGUGCUCCGAUAUCGCUAUCUCAACACGCAAAUGUUAGCUCUUUGUCAUUCACAUCUCUCCUCUCGCUUGAUUGUCUGCCACUCCUACCGCGGGUUCAUUUAUCCUUUUCACCCAUCGUUCAGCUAGCCCAAGGCACUACUCAUUCAGUAUCUCACGACCCUCAGAUUCAGAAGAAAAGUCAAUCAACAGCACCUACACCGCCACUAUUACUUCCACAGAUGUUUCCACCGUACCCUAUGCUGCACCCGACGGGCGCCAUGCCAGUGACCGUGGUCUACCCGCAGUCAUACAUGCCGCGAGGCGCGACUCUGUGCCCUACCCCAGACCACGGGAACAUGUUCGGCGGCUACGGCGCUGCUCCAGUAAUUAUGAUGGGCGCUGGACACGCACCGUACCCAGUCAAUGCUUACUUUGGUCACUCAGGGCCACCACUGUACUUUGUUAUGGAUCCAGCCAACAGUGUGGCAUCAAUGGCGGUCUCGAUCGAUGCCGUCUCUGGUUGUACCACGCCGAAAGCAAAGCUCGCUCAUUCUGGCAGCGGGAACUCCCUCUCAACUCAAUCGUGCUGCUCCGGGGGCGAGACACCAUCGGUUCUGAGCCGCAGCGCGGCUUCCAGCACCGUGAAGCAGCGCCCUCAGUAUGAUGUCAACAUAUGGGGCUUCGCUCUCGUUGACCAAUUCCACCCGUCAUUGCAGCGGAUUCCAGUUCCGGUGUCGUGCGUGCGCGAACCAACGAUGGGAAUCAGCCUGUACGAUAACGACGUGAUGUCGAGCAGCACUCGCCCGUGCAAGAGCUCUGUGUGCCUCCUCGAUGCGCAGGGCCUUGGCUGCAGAGAGGGGGCACGGUGCCGCUGUUUUCACAUCUCCAGCUCGUAUCUGAUGCAGUGUCGUGCUACAUCAGAAUCGUUGUGCUGUGCCUUGCACAAUUGCUACUACUCACAGGAGAUGCUCAGCGCCAACUGCGCUCCUCAUGUAUCAGGUCGUUGCUACGCACUGAGCCUCGACGAUGCACUGAAGUUCCCUCAGGACGGGGAGAAGCCCUACCUCAUCGACCUCUCUUUGCUCAACCUCAGCCUCACGAUGGGGCUGGAGACGCUUCCCUGCAUGAAUGGUGUGUACGUCAUCUCGUGGAAGAAGCAUGUGUGUCGCCUCAACAUAGACGGGCAUUGCAAGUGGACCAAGGACUGCGGUCACAUUCAUGUGUGCCGCCAGCUGACAAGGUUUCUUCAGGAUGCUGAAACGCUCUCCAUUGUGAAGGCCCUGCAGGAGAAAGCUACAUCAAAGAGCUCUGCGGACCUCUACCGUGACAUCAUCCUGAGCGAGAACACGCUGCAUUACGUGCGUUCUGCGGCCGCUCUUUCCUUGGUUACCGCGCUGCUCGAGGCGGGAGAUGUGGAGGCUCUCAAGGCACUGGUGAGGGCCAAGUGCGCCUUGCUGCCGUCCCAGAGCAAGGCGCUGCAGAAAUUCGGCAUCGCGCUGAAUGGCAGCGACUCGUCUCGCAGCGUCAUUGUGAGCCCGAAGCUUCUCGCUCUGCUCACCCCUAAGGGUAACAAUUAUGAGAAGACUAUAGACUGCACGGUUCACACUACAACUACCAACAGCAACAACAAAAGGGCACAUUUCUGA